CAUAUAAAUAGAAAUAAAGAUUCAGAUAUAGGAAAAAAACCAAAAUGGAAUAUACUGAAAGGUAGCGUUGAUUCUAUGGAUGGUUCUAUUUUUCUACAUUUUCUUAAUUUUUUGCAAUGAAAUUUUAUUACUUAAAAAAUAAAAUAUUUGUGAAAAAGAAUUUAAUGCUGUAAAGUACAUUAGAAGGGAGAUUUUGCAGAGCCAGUGAGAAACUAGCUUCUUCUAACAUAGGGGUUAACAACUAGUUGUAAGUUUUGACCAAACCUCUACAUACUCUCAGGUACCAGCUGCCAUGCAAAAAUACGCGGGAGGUCCCUGGGCCUGAGCUGGACAGAACUGUUGAGAGAGAAGUUAUGGUCUCCCUGAAAACAUGCCAAUUUUGGGUGCUCUUUAUACUUUCUCAUUAUGGUUUCUUUUUUCUCAUUGUUUUGUAGUUGUGAUGCCACCUGAAAUGAACAAUCAAACAGAUGUCACUGAACUCAUCUUCUUGGGAUUUUCCAACCACCCCAAUCUACAGGGCUUGUUCUUCCUGGUCUUCUUGGUCAUUUACCUGAUAACUCUUCUCGGAAACGUGCUCAUAAUAAUGGCCACCAGGAUCAGUUCUGCUCUCCACACCCCAAUGUAUUACUUCCUCAGCAACCUGAGUUUCUUGGACAUCUGCUACACGUCCACUACUAUUCCAGUUAUGCUGGUGAACUUCUUCCGGGAGAAGAAGACCAUCUCCUACAGGGGCUGCCUCUCCCAGAUUUUCUUCCUUGUGACAGAAGCUGGCACUGAAUGUGUCUUAUUGGCUGCUAUGGCUUAUGACCGCUAUGUAGCCAUUUGCCACCCUCUUCAAUAUCCAGUCCUCAUGGGUGUGAAGGUCUGUGUUUGUUUGGUGACAGGGUCCUGGCUAUGUGGGUUGGUGAAUUCUGUGACACACACAGUGCUGGCAGCCACACUCACUCUGUGCGGGCCCAAUCAGAUCAGUCACUUUCUCUGUGAUGUCCCAUUGCUUCUGAAGCUCUCCUGCUCAGACACCUCUCUCAAUGAGUUUGUGCUCCAUGUGGCCAGUGCCACCAUUGGCCUGAGCCCCUGCUUAUUAACUGCAGUGUCUUAUAUACUCAUCAUCUCUGCUGUUCUUAGGAUUCCCUCUGCUCAGGGCAGGAGCAAGGCCUUCUCUACCUGUGCAUCCCACCUCACUGUGGUGAUAGUCUUUUAUGGAACAGCCAACUUCAACUAUGACAGACCCAGAGAAGGCUACUCCCUGGACAUAGACAUCCUAGUCUCUGUGCUAUUCUGUGUUAUGACUCCCAUGUUAAACCCCAUCAUCUACAGUCUGAGAAACAAAGAGGUCAAAUAUGCCUUGAGAAAGCUGACUGCAGGGUAUGUAUUCUCUGGAAAUAGUAGUGUCUAAAUCAAUGGUCUUCAAACUGGGGUAUGCAACCACCUGGAAAAAUUUCCCAAGUAUUUGUAAAAUACAUAGUUUUAGAAAUUCUAUACCCAGAUUCUUAAUCCUUACAUAUAUAUCAGUUCCUAAAAUUGAUGUUCUAAAGAACUCCUAUCUCUAUUCUCUUGCCACAAGUAUUUUUUCCCACUUUGCAAUGUCAAGAUGUAUCAGAUAUUUUAUGUUGGCUCUCAGUACAAUCUAUACCCUUGUAUGUUUUCUCUGCCAGGGGAUAAAGACCUGGAAACCUUAAUUCCCAGGCUCUCUUGCCAGCAGGAGUCCAUCUUAUACUCUGCCCAUUUAAGAAUCAUACAUGAGAGAUUAGAAGGAAAAGGAAUAAAGAAGAAAUUGUCUUCUUCUGGAUCUGACAGCAGUAACACUAGUACUUCAGUAGCAGAAACAGACUCCUGUGGUACCAUUAGCUGAUGUUUGCUGUUUCCUAUAACAGUUGUUCUUGAAACAUAAGGUCACGCAGUAUGGAAUGAGUAUCUCUCUAUAGAAAGGGUAGAGACUUCCACAGAGAGUAAUACUACCUGCUCUCCAUUCUUCUUUUUGCUCUUCAAACAGUUUUAUCACUUAUUUCCUAUGCUAAAUUCCUGUAGGUUGAAAUACCUAAUGAAGUUUUUAGGUUUCUUGGUGAACACUAACUGCUAUAGCAUUUUCUAUCAGGCGUGGUGGUCAAUCAUAUACUUCAAAGGUAGAAGUAUAGGAUUGGAUAUCUGAUCUGAAAGAGUUUGAAUGUAUUAAUGACAUCAUAGCCAAUGGAAAAUAGGGAAUCUGAUCAUUAAUGGUGUUGGAGUAACAAAGCAGAUACUUAAAAUUAUCAAUAGUCAUUGCCUGAAAUAAAACAUAUAUUGAAAACCAGGCUUUAAAAUGCCAAAUUAUUGCUGCAGUUGACCUUUAUGGUGAGAAUGAAGACAAUAAGAUUGUUUACUGACUGCUUUUACUGAUUACAAUGGGAAACUUAUAGGAAAAAAUGACAGUCUCAGGUGUUAAAUUCCUCACUAAAAGCAAGGUCAAACAACCAAUCUUUUACCUCUCAAAACUGAUGAAGCUUAAAAAUUAGAAAAAAACUUGAUUCUGUAGAUUGCAUAAUUGUAAAGUAAACUGUAAAUCCACAAUUUUUCCAGGUCUCUUGUUGAGCCAGUUAGGGCAUUGGCUUAGGAAUGAGUGGGCUUCUUAUAAUUACAAUGGGAAAAUACAAUGAAUCUGUAAAAAAAUCUUAGAAACUUGAAUACCUAAAUCUCCAUUAAAUUUCCUUGACAAUAGAAGCAUCCACUCCUAUUUGAGGAGA